AUGGACUUGCUUUUCAAUAUAUCCCACAUUUGCAAAAGCAGAAGUGGAAAGGGUUUAAGAAGGGGCCCAGCAUUCACGCUCAAAUGUCAGGCUUUUUCCAUUUCCAGCGAGGACAACGAGUUCGUAACUGUAGGCUGCGACACUUAUGGCCAUCUCCACUCUUUUCUCAAUGGUACGAAAUCUUCAAUAGGAUGCUUGAUGAGAUGUGUCAGCAAGGAAAGUGUGCAAAGCAUGCAAAGACAGGAAAACUGUACAGGGAUAGGGUGUUGGAAGAUCAAUAUACCUACUGGAAUGAAGGAUAUUAUGAUACAAGCAUUCAACUAUGACAAUUUCAAUUACUCCUCCGACUUCAACAACUUUCUCUGUUAUUUUUAUUCUGAAUUUGCAGACAUUGACGAAUGUAAGACAACCAAUCAUACAUGCAUAAGCCAAAACAAUUGUCUCAACACCAAUGGAUCCUACGAAUGUUUCUGUCCAAAGGGGCGAUCCGGAAAUGGAAAAAAGGAAGAAGGGUGCCACCAAAAAGAUGUUACCAAGGUUGUCAUAGGAGUAGCAGCAGGAAUUGUUAUUCUAUGUGUAGGGACUACCUCAUUGUACUUGAUAUACCAGAAAAGAAAACUCAACAAACUUAGACAGAAAUACUUUCAACAGAAUGGUGGUUCCAUUUUGCUACAGAAACUCUCUACAAGAGAAAACUCUUCCCAAAUUCAAAUUUUCACACAACAAGAACUAAAGAAGGCCACUAACAACUUUGACGAGAGCUUAAUCAUUGGCAAAGGAGGUUUUGGUACAGUUUUCAAAGGGCAUCUAGCGGAUAACAGAAUUGUUGCUAUCAAGAAGUCCAAAAUAGUUGAUAAGAGCCAAAGUGAACAAUUUGCUAACGAGGUGAUUGUUCUAUCCCAAAUCAAUCAUAGAAAUGUGGUCAAACUCUUGGGAUGCUGUUUAGAGACAGAAGUUCCUUUACUUGUUUAUGAAUUUGUUAACAAUGGUACCCUUUUCGAUUUCAUACACACCGAAAGAAAGGUAAAUGAUGCGACUUGGAAAACCCGUGUAAGGAUAGCAGCCGAGGCGGCUGGAGCUCUAUCAUAUCUACAUUCAGAAGCAUCAAUACCCAUUAUCCACAGAGAUGUAAAGUCUGCUAACAUCCUGUUAGAUGACACUUACACUGCCAAAGUGUCUGAUUUUGGAGCUUCUAGAUUUAUUCCACUUGAUCAAACUGAAUUAGCUACAAUCGUGCAAGGAACUAUUGGUUACUUGGACCCAGAGUACAUGCAAACAAGCCAACUAACUGAGAAAAGUGAUGUAUAUAGCUUUGGGGCAGUGCUUGUAGAGAUGUUAACAGGGGAGAAGCCUUAUUCUUUUGGCAGGCCUGAGGAGAAAAGAAGUCUUGCUAACCACUUUCUAUGUUGCUUAAAAGAGGAUCGCCUGUUCGAUGUUCUUCAAGUCGGCAUUUUGAAUGAAGAAAAUGAAAAGGAGAUUAAGAAAGUUGCUAUUCUUGCUGCGAAGUGCUUGAGAGUUAAUGGGGAGGAAAGACCUAGUAUGAAGGAAGUGGCGAUGGAGUUGGAGAUGCAUCAGUGGAUUAAUACAGACCCAAAUGUAAAGGAGACUGAUUACUUGGUUCAUGAGGCAUCAUCUAACAUUUAUGAGCCUGGUGAUAGCAGCUGCCAUCAAGAGUAUGACAGCAUUACGGAUCAAAUACCACCUGCUUUGGGUGAUGGAAGAUGAUUAUGCCAUGGCAACAUACAUUCCAUUUUAUUUCAAAGUUCUGUUACAAUCUUCUGUAAUCUUUAUGAAAAAUCCAUUUAGUUGUUUCAUGAGUGUGUAUGUAUUCAAUGUAUAUAUGUAUCUAGAAUUCUAGGUAAUGAGUAUGUAUAUGUAUGCUAGUAUGUGUGUAUGUAUGUCUGCAUUAACUAAUGGUUUAAGCUUCUUUUCAACAGUUUAUGGUAAUUCAUCGCACAAUUAUUAUUGUUUCA